UCAUUUGAUUUGCUCAAUAAAACUGUUUAAUAACAGAGUUGCCACGUGUUUUACAAGAUGUAUUCGAUAUUAUCUUUAAUACAGAAUGGAAAUUUUCGAAACUAAGUGAUGGAGGCGCCAACUCCGUGACUUAAAGCUCGUGUGCGAAAUUUAGUGAGUUAAUAAACAUUGCGUAUUGCAAAAAGAUUCAGUGAUAUGGCUGCAAUAACACCUCGUCGUUCUUUGCGGAUUCCUCAUAUGCAUACACCGAAAAUGACCGAGAGGAAAAAGGGGUUAUUCCAAGGCGAGGCACCUCCACAACCGGAGUCUUUGACGAAGCAUCGCCGACUCCCCGUGCUGGACAGUGAGAGUGACAGUGAUGACUGCGAUCUCGGAAUCAUCAGCACUAUCGAUUCAAGCUCUGGAGAGGAAACUGAUCAGAACACGCCUAAAACGCCCGAGAGGUCACUAUGGCACGAAACUCAAAGCCAAUCGCGGAAAGUAAAAGAAACACAUUACUUGAAGAAUUUCAUGAAGUCACCCUUCACACUUAAAAAAUAUCAGACACAGUAUUCAUGUCCUGAAACAAAAUGUGGUUCAUCAUCCACACCAGCUACCCCCCACCUCCGUAACCAUCCAGUUACACCUUCAUCCACACACUCAUGCACUAGCAUACAUACAACUUCAUCAACAUCAAGUAAAGCUCGUAAAAGUCUCGCCAGUUUGAUAGCUGACACAGAAAGUUGCAGCAGCUCUUUAAAAGAUUUAAACUUCGAUUCAGAUUCUGCUACAGACUCGAAAGAGAACACACCAACUAAACCUCUACGACGAUCAUCACGUAAACAUAAAAAUUCACCCAAAUUACAAAGCUUUAAAGGUGUGCUACUUGAACAGAAGAAAAAUGUUUCACCCAUAAAAUAUCCUGUUGUAUGUCUAACAAAAAUGGAUUUCACCAAUCUUAUAUCUCCCACACAAAUGUUAAAAACACCACACAAUACAACCGAAGCUAAAGACUCUCCACCUAAAUUAAAUCACAACAGACGGUCCAUACUCGAAAUAGAAGAAAGUCCUCAAUCAGUUUGCGAUAGUGAAAAGAGUCACAAAAGACUACACUAUGAUGGUAUGUCUGAUAACGGACCAAACUGUAAAUUACCAAAAUUAGACCCAAGUUUAGCACCUAAAGCUCGUCUCUCUUUAUUCAAUAGUGAUAAACUCAAAGAGAUAUUGUCAGCAAAGUCAUUCUAUGGAAAAAAUAAUCCAGACUUAAACACUAGUAUAACAACAAAAAUAUCAAAUGCUAUAGAAUCAACUGCAACUCAUCCACGUCGUUCAUUCGGUCAUUCCAACCGACGUAAACGAAAGCCAGGGGAAAUUAAUAUGGGGGUAAAACACAAGAUUCGUAAACCGAAAUAUAACAAGCCCAAUAUAUCCAGUAUCAAAGGAAAUACAAAAACAUCCGGAGAAAUCGUACCUGACACAUUAAAUAAAAGCAUCAUAUCUCAAAAUUCUACGAAUGAUGUUGAAUUAAUUUCACAGGAAUUAGUGACAGACAAAGUUAAUCCAUUUGUACAAGAGCAACAAACAAUAGAAGCAUUAUUGAGUCAAUGGACAGAAGAGGAAGUCCCAGAAACGGAAUUAAGUUACCGAAAAGCUGAAGUUCCAUGCUUUAAUAAUUCAAUAAUAGAGGAGACGAGUUCCAUCUUCCAACCAGUAACUGCCACUCCGGUGGAAAGCUUACCUCUUCCGGAAGAUUCCGACACCAUUAUCAUUGAACUGGGUGCAUCAAACAAUGGCCAAGGGAAUGCAGGUCAAGAAGAUAUUGUUAUGGCAGAUUCUAAUAUGACAGAUAAAGAAUCAAAAACUGAGUUUCUGCCUGUAGAUGGAGGUUUUAUUGUUGUUGAAGAUAAUGAAAUUAAAGAACCAGAAGAAUUAACAGAUCUGGACGCUAUAGAGCGUGAAUUAAAGAUGUUAGACGAACAGAUCCUGCACAUGGCCCAGUCUAACAACAUCAACGCUGAAGCAGUCCUCGCCUCCACUGAAAAAGAUAUACCAAGAGUCAGUCCUGAAUUAAUCUCGGACGAAGAAAACAAUACAUCAAAAACAAAACCUAUGAAAUUAUUUUCUAUUUUCAAUAAACCAAACCCUGGGGUUACCAGUCUACCAAAAGGUACAGAUAAAAGCAGAAGGUCGAUAUUAAAGUCAAUAAAAGACCAGUACGUAAUAGACGCUGGUCAGAAAAAAUUCGGCGUCACUCAGUGCAAUGAGUGCGGAGUUAUUUAUCAGAUCGGUGACCCUCAGGAUGAGCAUGAUCAUUUAGUUCAUCACAAUGCCACAGAUGUUCUUAAGUUUAAUGGUUGGAAGGAGGAGUGUGUGGUACAUCGUACAGAGAGUGGUCGUGUGCUGCGCGUGCGAGGUGGUUGCGGAGGCUGGAGACGUGUGGCGGCGUUGUUGGCGCGUCUCGUUCACGUACAACUCGGAUAUGAAGCUGCACUGCCCAAUGAACAACAUCACUAUACUGCUUACUUGUAUGUGGAGAAGAAGCAGAUAGUGGGCUGCUUGAUAGUGGAACCUAAAGUUAAGGCUUACAAGUUGAUACCUGGAGAUCCAGACUGCUGUAGUGUUGAGGACUACCCAGUCAAAUGUGGAGUGUCUCGUGUCUGGACACACGCGAGUCACAGACGCAAGCGCAUCGCGUCCCAGCUGGUGGACUGCGCGCGCGCAACAUUCCUGCACGGAGAUGUGGUGCGCGUCAACGAGCUCGCCUUCAGCGCCCCCACUGCUGCUGGGAAAGCCUUCGCAGCUAACUACACCGGACAUGAUAACUUCUUUGUAUAUAUUGAUUAAAUAUUAUAUAUACU